UCGAGGGUGGCCGGUCAAGCUGGUUCGGAGUGGAUUGGAAGAUGCUGGUACGGUAGACUACAAGUAUCAUGAUAACAGCCCAUUACCAAUAAUCGACACCUACUGCUACUUGGGUACCGGUAAUAGCGCCUGGAUAACCAUAGAGGCUAACCUUGUAGUUUUCAAUGUAUAUCGCCCCCCUCGAUUGAGAAGAUUAACUGAAAUUUGGGGAUACUCUAGAGAACGGUUGUGGUAUCGGGUACUAAUGCUCAAGGAUUAAAAAGGGUUCUUUGCCGGUAGUUUAUCAGUUGUCAUACCGGUACUUUUCGCCAGUCACCACUGUCUUGGCACAACUGAAAAACCUGUAAGUCACGGGAUAUGAUAUAGGAUCAACGGAAACUUUUUUUUCUCAGAGUGACCGCGACCUGUCCCGAGAGAAAAUCACUCUCCCUCCCACCUCCGGUAAAAAAAAACCAUUUACAAACCCUCCAUCAAACUUCCUUCAGCUCAUUCAUUUGAAUAGUAGUUCAAUCCCUACUUUCAGUUUCCCUCUCCUGCGAGCUCAAUUGUUCGGGAUUGAAAAAUGUCUCCGGCACUCGUUUCCAAUACCUCAGCGAGGGACGUUAAGAGGGAGUCCGGCAUCGCUAGGUUACUCGGUUCCGGUGAGAUAUAGCCCCUCCCUCUCCUCCUCUUUCUCCUCCCAACCUAUUGUGGAAGCUCAAUUCUAACCUGGUCUUUUAGGAUCUGCCGGAAUUGCGGAAUUAGCGGUUUUCCACCCUGUGAGUGAUUGCCUAUAUUCUUUCUCAAAUGGAGUUUGUCGUGAGCUACCUUACAGGAAAGCUGACAUUCUUUCUACAAGGUCGAUACAAUUGCGAAGCGGUUGAUGAGCAAUCAUGGAAAGAUCGCCUCUGGGCCACAGUUGAACACUGUCAUCUUUAAGGACUAUUCCACCGCUCCUAUCGGCCGCAAGUUCUUUUCGUUGUUUCCUGGAUUGGGAUAUGCAGCUGGGUAUAAGGUAGGCAUGUUUUCGUCUUCGUGCUAACGGUGAAGGUUAAUUAUAUGGUUGUGAAAUAGGUGUCGCAAAGGGUUUACAAGUUUGGUGGUCAGCCUUUUGUGAGGGAUUUCCUCUCCAUACACCAUGGUGAGAAGUUUGACAGGGCUUUUGGAAAGGGGAGCGGAAAGGCUAUCUUACAUGCCACCGCUGGAAGGUUCGUUGUUAUUUUAGCUCUGUUCGUACAUGGGCACUUGAGAGCUGAAACAAAUACUGUUAUUAGUUUGAUUGGUAUCGGAGAGAUUAUUCUUCUCCCUCUUGACGUCCUCAAGAUCAAGCGCCAGACAAACCCAGAGGCAUUCAGGGGACGGGGCCUCUUCAAGAUAGUUUCCGAUGAGGGAUUCGGUUUGUACAGAGGGUGGGGGUGGACUGCUGCCAGAAACGCCCCUGGAAGUUUUGCGGUUGGUCAAUUCUUACUUCCUAUUUAAAUGCAUCAACUCCUUGCUAAUAUGCCAUGCAGCUCUUCGGUGGUAGUGCAUUCGCAAAGGAAAUGUUGGGGCUCACUGACUACAAUGCCGCAACCUGGGGGCAAAACUUCAUCGCAUCAAUUGCCGGAGCGUCUUCUUCACUCGUGGUAUCCGCUCCUUUGGACGUUAUCAAGACUCGUAUCCAAAACAGGUAAUUUAAAACCGCCCCUUGCUCACACUAUGUCCUUCUCUUGUCUAAAAAGGAUGACGUGCAGGAACUUUGAGAACCCCGAGAGUGGCUUCCGGAUUGUCUCCAACAUGGUCAAGCACGAGGGGCCUACCGCAUUCUUCAAAGGGCUCACGCCCAAGCUCUUGAUGACAGGACCUAAGCUUGUGUUCUCUUUCUGGAUCGGUACGUCAAUAGUCUACUUACUCAUCCCACUUCGAUGGGAUCACCCACUAACCCUCUCAAUCCAGCCCAAACAUUGAUACCCACCUUCGAUAGACUCAUGCAAUGAGUAAAGAGUAAACGUCACGAAACAUCAGAGUAAUAAUUUAUUUCUCAAGAGCGCCCAACCGAGGGUGCCUUCAUAGAUAUUUUAGGGUGUUUGGUUUCUCCUUUUUACCUUUUUGUAGGAUAGAGCGGACGGGUUGGGGCUAUGGUGGGUUGGGGGGGGGGCAAUCAAGAGCAAGGCUAUCCCAGUAUUGGGAUAGGUUUAUUUGUUGUUUCUAUAUCGCUUUUUUCUGCAUUAAAUCUCCGCUCAGUUUGCCUACUUUCAUCCACUAUUUUGCAUGUUCAGGAGGGACUCGCCAAUGUAUUAUAGAGCACAAUAAUAUGGGAUCUUCCUGG